AUGUCGGGCUUUUCCAAGGCCCAGGUCUCGGGUGGGAGACCGCGGAGAGAUGUUCUUGCGUCUCUCAAAUUGGCCCAGAUGGAGAUAUCAAAACCAGCCCUUCCUGCUGAAAUACUAUCUACAAUCCUAGAUUACCUAGCUCCGUCCGAUCUUAUCAGAGUCGCUAGGGCAUCCAAACUCCUGCGAGAAAUGGUCUACGAGGACUCGAGAUGGGUACAGAGACUCAAGCAGAUUGGCUGCUGGAAUGAUCUGGAGGCAAGGAAGCAGGCGGAACAGUCUAAUCCCUAUCUCCGUAACCAUAUGAGUGUGCCGGCUAUACACCUCCAAGCUCCCCAGUCCGGUGAAUCCCUUGCUGCGGACAAAAAUGGAGACAGAACUAUCAGUGGCAAAUCGGAUCCUUCUAAUUUCUUGAAGGAUGUUGAAUUCUCUACCGGGAUGGGAAUCAAUAAUAAAUCUCUACGUCCAGAUGCCCUCGCGGCUUUAUCUGUCUUUUCCCGUGUCCGAUCUAUACGGGGAAAAGCAAGGGAGGAGUAUGGGAAAAUCCACGCGACUCUUUACCCUUUCUACAAGGAUAUCAGUAUAACGGGAGGAUCGAUGAAUAGCAUGGUUUUCAAGGUUUACGAAAGCCCUGAAGACCAAGCCCAAAUGCUGUCCGAGUUGAACGCGUUUGCAAAGUGUGAUAGAUCCCUGGGUGGCGAGGAGAGGCAGGGACAACUUCUCCGUGCCAUUUCUCUCUUUGAAACGGCAGCGUUGCAGGAAUUUAAAAGUGGCUACGAAAAUGGAGAUAUCGACGGCCUGAUGCGGAGAUAUGGUCAUGCCCUAACCACGUUGAAUGGUGGCGGCGCAGCCAUUGACUACUUCAUUCGAAAUAAUCAUCUGUUCGCUCGGAAAUCGGACUUUGGAAGUCCUUCAGACUGUGUCGACCGUGGCAACGGUGCUGUUAAGUUGGAGCACUCGCAAGCAUUCCUCACUCGUCUCAAUGUGGCAUACAACGAGGAAGUGUCUAUUAUAGAUAUGUGCUUCUCAAAGCCUGGGAACAUCUCCACGCUAUUUUUUGAGAGGAUCGUGAAGGAUGUGUUAUCUCCUUAUUUUACCACUCUUUUCAUCGAUCUUCGUUCCAAGAACACUGAGUCAUAUCUUAAAGCUGUCUCCGGAACGUUCGCACAGACAUCCCAUUUUGUUCGGGAGUUACAACCGAUUCAAAAAUCCAGUGACGAAUUUUUCGAGGCUGCUGGCCAGAUUGUAGGAAAGGUAUUUGAACCUUGUGUCGAUCAGUAUCUAACAGACGAACUUAAUUACUUCCGCAAACACUGUGAUGUCGUCGUGUCUGAAUGGGAUAGACAACUCUCAGAGCAAGCGGCCUCUACAGAAUCUUUCUACAUGUCCAACGUCAACAGGCAAGCUGAUAAGAAAGAUUUCUUGACCUCAUUUAAAAAAGUCCUUAUGGCACCCGUGAAUAUUCUACCCAAUAUCUCCUCCAUGAUGUCCAACGGGCCAAAGGCGGAGGAUAGCGAAAGGGAUGUGCACAAACAUGACCCAGAUCAUAUUCCAAACCCCAAGUUUUCGACUCCCGUGUCUAUUCCAUUCCGCCCACCGACUCCAUCAGAUGAUCUGCCCACAACCGAACUUGCUGCCAAAGUUGCGAUCAUGAAUUCGAGACUCGAAGGUAUCCGCUCCCUAUUUAGUAUCGAGGUAGCGCUGGAUUUGGUGCACACUGCCAAAUCAAGUCUGGAGCGCGCGGGACAGUUCGUGAAACUAGGUGGUAAAGCCGGACAGAAUGCAAAACUGCAGUGCCAGGCAAUUUUCGUUUCGCUCUUGCAAAAUCUCGGUCACCGUCAUGUCAUUGCAGGUUUUGACAAAGCCGUGUACCACCUUUCCGAGUAUCGACCACGACACAAAAAUGAACAUGAUAGCCAGGGAGUUGAGCCACUGGUUACUUUUCUUGAGCUAGUCAAUGUCGGCGACCUUAUCCUGCAGAUGAUGGACGUAUUCUACGAGCAGGAGUUGAUCGCGACUAAAUUAACCGAUCGAGGAGAUUUCCUCGAUUCUGCUGUGAAAGAGAAGAAGAAAUUUGAGCAGAUGCUAGAUGAACGGGUUGCUGGGGGUCUCAGCAAGGGAAUCGAUGUCCUUAUGGAGGAGGUCGACUACCUUCUGGCGGCGAAGCAAAACGCGGCUGAUUUUAACCCGAGUGUAGAUCUGUCCGGGCAGAAUGCUGUCGAUGUCGGACCGAGCGAGGCAGCAAAAGCUAUUGUGGAUGUUGUCUCAUCGCACACACGGAUGCUUGUGGGGAGCACGGAUAAGAGUACCCUAGACGUGUUUAAUCAAGAAAUCGGCCUGCGACUUUUCGCCUCACUGUGCAAGCAUCUGAAAAUGCAACGUAUAAAUGUAGAGGGUGCAGUUAAACUUAUAAGUGAUAUGAAUCACUACUUCGACUUCAUCAAAACCAUGAAGAACGAUCAGCUUCUUCAAUACUUCGUUGCCCUCAGGGAACUUUCGCAGGUGUACCUUAUCGAUCCCUCUGAUUCCAAGGAGAUGGCUUCGAUCAUUGCCGAUGGCGACCGCUUCCAUGGCAUCUUUUGCGCUGAGGAGGUGUAUGAAUUUGCUACAAGGCGGGCUGAUUGGUAUCAGGUCAAGAAAGGCGUGGAAAGGGCAAUGUUUGGCAUUGGAUGUUUGGUCAUGUGA